UGCGUGCUAUGACGUGGGCCAGCCUGCGUUUCCUCCUCCCGCGUCAUCUACAACUCGCUACUGUACGUGCAUCGCAGAGUUCCUCGCCGUGACUCGUCAAGAACGCGCGGCGCUCACGAACCGGUCUGGACACAUCUCGGGGGGUCGGGAGGUCAGGGAGGGCGAGCCCAGCUCACGCCGCCUCCACGCGAGCCCCCUGCACUGCCUCUAAAAUUCCUCUCGCUCUCCCCUCUCUCUCUCUCGCCCCUCUCUCUGUCUUAUCUAACCGCACGCGCACAAACAGACGCUUGCACGCGUCUCGCGAGUGUGGCAGGCACUCGUGACGGGUCGGUGCGAAGAAACAUUUGGCAACUGGACGAGACGGUCACAACCAGUCCUGAGUGGUUGUCAAGCAAUGGGCACCCCACGCCUCACUGUGUGCCGCUUCCAGCAGCAGCACCAACGUGGCUACGAGGCCACAGCCCUCACCUCUGCCAGCUGCAGCCACGCGCGCUGUCAGUGGAUCGCCCUCGUACCGUGGCUCCUACUUGCCGCCACCCUGCCGUGGCUGCCCGCGGUGCGGGGCUAUGGCCUACGGAAGUGCAUAGAGAAGCCCCCCGGCACUGUGGUAUGUGUGAAUGGUGGCAUAAAGGAUGUUCUGGAGGCCGUAUCGGACAUCCACAAUACACCGCAGGUGCUGAACCUGUCCGAAAACUCCAUAUCGGAGCUCCGACCGGGCAUCUUCCAGAACAUGAGCGGCGCUCUCCUGUUCCUGCGGCUGGACCGCAACCGCAUCGCCACUAUCCGGGCGGGCAGUUUCCAGGACCUCUCCAUUCGGACGCUAAACCUGUCCAUAAAUCGUAUUGGGGUCCUGGACCGGGAUGCCUUCAGGGGCCUCUCCGAGCUCAGGUAUCUGCUGCUCGACCACAAUUUCCUGAAACGCCUCUCGCCUGAGCUGUUUGCGCCCCUCAGGAGCAUCCUCAACAUUAGCCUAAUGCACAACGCGCUGCGAAACUUCCCAUCGAUUGUGCAGGCUGUCGCCAACCUGUCGAGCCUCCACUCCCUCGACCUCAGCGGAAAUUAUAUUCAAGCGCUCAACAUGAGCGGUGGCGAAGGCCCCGUGCUGCCACAGAACCUCAGCUGGCUUCACCUGGCCAACAACUCCAUCAGCGCGGUGUUGGUGCCUGCUGAUUUCUUCACCACCAUAACCUUCCUAGACCUCUCCCACAAUGGGCUUAAGGAUGUCGGGGGGCUGGAGAGCCUCAAUAUCAGCGGCGUGUCCUACCUGCUGCUGGGGGACAACCGCCUCGAAGUCAGCGAGCUGCAGCGCCUCGACAACGCCCAGCCACAGACCCUAGAACUGCAGAAGUCGGGCUUCAGCAGUCAGCACAGCCUCGAGAUGCUGUGCAGCUCCAGGCUCAUGCAAAAGGUUCAAUCCCUGUUCCUCAUGAGGAAUGGCAUCACCAACCUGACUGCGGGGGCGCUCAGGAACUGCACCGCUCUCCGCCACCUGGACCUGUCACGCAACCACAUCCGCUCCAUGCAGGGCUACUCCCUGGUGGGACCCAACCAUGGCCUGCGUUCCCUGAUGCUGGACUACAACCGCCUGAACGUGCUGGAGCCGUGUGACACGUGCAUGCGGCUGCCCCAUCUGGAGACGCUCUCCCUCGCCUGGAACAAGAUCACGCUGGUGCAAAACUCGGCGUUUGUGCACGUGCCCAGCCUGCGCUCGCUCAUCCUCAAGGGCAACCUGAUCUUCAGCAUCAGCCAAAAUCCCUUCCGUGGCCUGAGGGAGCUAACUGAACUGCGCCUGGACAACAACCUCAUCCACGAGUUCCAUGUGUCGUCACCCUUCGCGGCCCUCGAGAACCUGCAGACGCUGAACCUGAGGCGCAACCGCAUCAAGAGGCUGCACCGGCAGGUGUUUGGCAAUCUGACCCAGCUGAAGAUCCUGGACCUGGGCAGCAACAUGAUCUCGUCCCUGAAGGAGCACACCUUUGUGGGACUGGAGGGCCUGCGGAACCUCUACCUGGAUGAGAAUUCUAUCGGCUGGGUGACGCCACCGAUGUUUACGGGGCUGGAGUCACUCCGCAUUUUGGACCUGGUUAAGAACAUGAUCUCGUACAGCACCAGGCUGCUGGACAACCCGCCUUUUGUCAAGCUCAGCAACCUCAUCACCCUCAAGCUGAGUGCCCAACAGCCAUAUGGCAUCCAGAGGAUCCCGGAGAACCUGUUUGCAGGCCUCCGCCUCCUGGAGAACCUCCACCUGGCCGGGAACCAGAUCUCAGACCAUGCGUCGCAUCCGUUCGACGACCUGGUGAGCCUGCGCCUGCUGGAGAUGCAGCACAUGGGGAGUGGUCUGCAGACCAUGAAUCGCAGCGUCUUCCACAGGCUCACCAACCUCUCCAUCCUGGACCUGCGCAACGUGGGCCUGAGUGCCGUGGCUGAUGCCCAGUUCCUGACGCUGGGUCACCUCAAGACGCUCUACCUGGUAGACAAUGCCAUCGGGAGCAUCACCGAGGAGGCCAUCACUCCCUUGGGUGACCUGAACUACCUGGAUAUGAGCGGCAACCCUGUGGUGUGCACCUGCGACAACUCGUGGUUCCAGAACUGGUCAUUGCAUAGCCAAGUGCAGGUGGUGGGCCUCUACUCGCUCAGCUGCUCGUCGGGCGAGUCGGACGGCUCCGCCGCACGCUUUGCAGACUUCGACAUGGCCGUGUGCCGCGAGAAGGAGGAGAAGAUCCUGUUCUUCACGGUGACGCCGAGCUUGGCUCUCUUCGUGGCGCUCACGCUGGUGCACGUGAAGGCGCGCUGGCACAUCCGCUACGGCUUCCACGUCUUCCUCGCCUGGUUCCGCGAGCAGCGGCGCCGCGCCGCCGAUGGGUUGGCACAUGACUAUGACGCCUUCAUCUCGUACAACUCGCGCGACGAGGCCUGGGUCAUGUCCGAGCUCGUGCCAUGCCUGGAGCGGGACGGGGGCCCCCUGCCGCCCUACAGGCUGUGCCUGCAUCACCGCGACUUCGUGCCGGGCCGCUACAUCGUGGACAACAUUGUCGACGCCAUCUACAAGAGCCGCAGGACCGUGUGCGUGGUGAGCCGUGGCUUCCUGCGCAGCGAGUGGUGCUCUAUGGAGAUGCAGAUGGCAUCGUACCGCCUCUUCAGCGAGCACCGCGACGUUCUCGUCACGCUCAUCGUCGAGGACAUCGCCGACCGCGAGCUGUCCGCCCACCAUCGCAUGCACCGCCUACUCUGCACUAAGACCCAUGUGGUGUGGCCCCGGGACGAGGCGGCGAGGCCACUCUUCUGGGCCAAGCUGCGAACGGCGCUUGGGGAGCCCUCCGCCGCCGCAUGCAGGAGGGAGGCAGGGCCUGAGGGUCUACGUCCUCGGGCCCGCAUGGCCAGGCCACAGACCUUAAAAUAGCGGCCUGUUACCGUCUUACUUUUUUACUCUUUUUUUUAUUUUACCAGGUGUAAGGCCCCAUUGAGCUAUGUGGCUCUUUUGUCAGAAGCGACCAGGCUAUCACAUAUGAUCACUCAACAAAGUGGCUGAUAUCG